CCUAUAUAAAAAUGUGCUAUAUAUAGAAAAUGGUAGCAAAGUGAAAACUACCACGGGCCAUUGAUCGUUUUUUUUUCGCCUGUCUAAUGUCAUUCAAUGUAUUUUAUGUUUUCGGAGGACCUUUUCACAUUGUUAAAAGAAUACAGUAUUAUCAAAAGAAUGUUAGGAGAUUUUCACUAUCUAGCCUAGACCUAUCAUGACUUCCAAUAUCCAUAGAAAGUUCUUAAAUUUGGUUCCUCUGACAAUGCCUACCAACUAUAGGAAUCAAAGUUAUUCUAAAAUCAGGAAGGAUUGUAUUAGUAAAGGAGUGCUGUUUGAAGACCCUGAAUUCCCAGCCAAUAAUAAAUCAUUAUUUAAUUCUAAGAUCGAUAAUGAAAUAGAAUGGAAACGACCAAAGGAAUUAUGCCGCGUACCCAAAUUAGUUGUAGAAGGAGUUAGCUGUGAUGAUUUAAAUCAAGGAGAUCUGGGUAAUACUUGGUUUGUUACAGCUUGUUCUAGUCUAGCACAGGAACCAAAAUUGUGGCAAAAGGUUGUUACAAACCAUAAAGAUCAGGAAUGGGAUGAUAAAAACUUAUAUGCGGGAAUAUUCAAAUUUUUAUUUUGGAGAUUUGGUGAUUGGAUUGAAGUAGUAAUUGAUGAUCGAUUACCAACUAAAAAUGGCAACCUUGUAUUCUGUCAUUCAAAAUCCAGAAAUGAAUUCUGGAGUGCCUUAUUGGAGAAAGCUUAUGCCAAGAUGUAUGGUGACUAUGAAUCGUUAGAAUCAGGUACAGUUGCCGACUCACUUGUUGAUUUUACCAGUGGAGUAUCAGAGAAGUUAGAAACCGUCAAAUUAAAGGCUACAUUGUCAGAUCCCGAAUCCAGUAAUGCAUUGUUUACUAAAUUGUGCGAUGCUAAAGAAAACAGAGCUUUGAUGACAUGUAACAUCCAGUGUGUUAAAGAGGAAGUUGGUAAAUAUACUGAUAAAGGUUUGGUAUUAGGACACGGUUAUAAUAUAACAGAUGUAAAAAGUAUAACCGUCAGUAGAAGUUUACAAGGAACAAUAGGAUCCAGUAUGUUAUAUCUGGUUCGUCUAUUCAAUCCUUGGGGAUCACGAGAAUGGAAUGGUGCCUGGUCAGAUUCAUCAGAAGAAUGGAAAAGAGUUGCACCCCAGCAAUGGGAAAAGAUGGGAGUUAAAUUUCAACAAGAAGGCGAAUUUUGGAUGUCAUUUGAAGAUUUACUUAACCACUUCACAGCAAUUGAUAUCUGCCAUUUCGUUAAUACCUCGUUUUUCUCAAUUAAAAAAACAUGGGCAGAAGCUAUUUUACACUCAGAAUGGCAUCAUAACGGUAGAAAUGGAGGUGGAGUUGUUAAUGCGCCAUCUUUCUUGGGAAAUCCGCAGUUUUUAUUUGAUAUAAAUGGUAUUAGUGAUAAAGUCAUGAUAUCACUAGAACAACAUGAUAUACAUCCAGAUAGACAAACGUUCGGUCAGAAUUUAAAUACAAUUGGAUUUCAUAUUAUGAAGGUGGAGGAAAAUCGAAAAUAUCGUGUUCAUAUUCUUGGUCAGAUGAUGUUCUCUUCUGAAUAUUGUAAAACUCGAAGUGUAUUUGGUGAAACCACUUUACCUAAAGGAAGAUAUGUUAUCAUACCCACAACAGCCGAACAAGGUUGUACGGGUAGAUUUAUGUUAAGAUUAUACACCGGAAGUAGUGCUAGUGCUGGAGAAUUAACAAAGGAAGGACCCACACGAGGUUGUCCAUGUCUGAAGAAACAUGUGAUGGUAACAACUAUAACUGUUAUAUCAGUAGAUGGUCUAGAACUACCAUCAACAGCUAAAUCUAAAGAAUCUUUAGAUCCAAUGAUUACAAUCAAAUGUGAAGGUGAAUCUAUCAAAUCUAACCAUCAUACUAAUACAACAUCAGCUACCUAUAACAUAACUGGUACUUUUUACAGAAAGAAACCCGAAUUACCUAUUAUAGUAGAGAUUGAAAAUCAUAACGUGUUAGUGAAUGAUUUCCUGGCGGAAGGUCGAGUUGAUGAACAUGGUAAUGAAGCUGGAAAAGAAAUAAAAUGUAAACUAUAUGGUAGAAAGAAAGAAGCUGAACAAGUAAAACCUGGAACUUUGUCAGUAUUUAUCAGAUCUAGUUUUGAUUUGACUAGUUUAUAA